GCCCAGCGGAAGGAACGGUGUCGGAGUCCUUGGUUUCUGUUUCAUAGCGAGCAGUGCCUUGCUCUUAGCGAUUGCUUGGCAAUUUGAACCGAACCACCCCCAAAGCAAUUUAGAGUGAAGGCUAAGUGGGAACACACCAAAAGGUCUCAGCAGCAAACAGGAUGAAAUUCUUAUUAGACUUACUUUUGCUUCUGCCCGUACUUAUUGUCCUCAUCUUAGAAUCUUUCGUGAAGCUUUUUAUUCCCAAGAAGAGGAAAUCAGUCGCCGGAGAAAUCGUACUGAUUACUGGAGCUGGACAUGGAAUUGGGAGACUGACUGCCUAUGAAUUUGCCAAACUUAAAAGCAAACUGGUUCUAUGGGAUAUAAAUAAGCAUGGAGUUGAAGAAACAGCUGCAGAAUGCAGGAGACUGGGGGCCAAGACACAUGCCUUUGUAGUAGACUGCAGUAAACGAGAAGAGAUUUACAACGCAGCUAAGAAGGUGAAUGCAGAAAUUGGAGAUGUGAGUAUUUUAGUAAAUAAUGCUGGUGUAGUCUACACAUCGGAUUUGAUGUCUACACAAGACCCUCAGAUUGAAAAGACUUUUGAAGUUAAUACACUUGCCCAUUUCUGGACUACAAAGGCAUUUCUUCCCGCAAUGAUGAAGACUAAUCAUGGUCACAUUGUCACGGUGGCUUCGGCAGGCGGGCAUACAGUGGUCCCCUUCUUACUGGCUUAUUGUUCAAGUAAGUUUGCCGCUGUUGGAUUUCAUAACGCUCUGACUGAAGAACUGGUUGCCUUAGAAAGAACUGGAGUCAAAACAACGUGUCUCUGCCCCAAUUUCAUAAACACUGGCUUCAUCAAAAAUCCAAGUACCAGUUUGGGACCCACUCUGGAACCUGAGGAAGUGGUAAGCAAGCUGAUGAAUGGGAUCCUGACUGAGCAGAAAACGGUUUUUGUUCCAUCCUCUAUAUGCAUUUUACUAGUAAUGGAAAAGAUCUUUCCUGAGCGUUUCUUGGCAAUUUUAAAACGAAAGAUAAAUGUUAAGUUUGAUGCAGAUAUUGGAUAUAAAGUUAAAAAACAAUAAGUACCUGAUUUUCUUGCAAACUGAUAGGUACUAGGCUCUUAAGUUGAUUUCAUUUAAUGUUAAUAAGAAUUUUAAUACAUGUUUGAACCUCUGCUUUUCCUAACUACCUUUUUUCCUUCAAUGCCAUCUCUUGUGGCUCUGGCAGUUGUCGUUUACCACCACCUGCUCUUUAGCUGAAAGCUGAUUUCAUAUGACACAAGAGAGAAAUACCUUAGGAGUUGACCUUAUGGAAGAUGGGAAAUUUUUUUUUUUUUUUGGCAGUCAUUCCCAAGAUUUUGUGGCUCCUGUGAAAACUUUGCAUAAUUUAUACUACAAUUGUUUAAGAUAUAUUUUUAUUUGUAAUUACACUUAAAUAUAAUUUUAGGUAAUUAACAUGUUUCCUUUUCUAUUGUACCUAAUCAGAAGCUUCAACCUCUCUAAAUAUAAUGAAGGACUGUAUCAGGAGGCAUAUCACAAUGAAUUUCAAGUAAUGUAAGAAAUAGCUAUUGAACAUUUUAUCCUACACACUACCAGUCUGUUUCCUGAGAGAUAUCUCUCAUUUUAAUACCAAACAUUUCAACACAAGGAAACCAGAGCUGGAUACCCAUUGCAAGUAUAGAAACGUCAUUGAAAUUUGAGGUGGAGAGUCAGAAGAAUUUGUACAUAAAUGGCAACAAUAAUAAAUGGAUCAAACUUAAACUUUUGGUGUUUCCGUCUUUUUAUCUUGACCAGAGAAUGAUUAAUUAACCUUCAAAUUAAAGGAAAAUGGAUGACCUAAUCAAUGGCCUUUUUCCUCUUUCGUGUCUGGAAGUUUCUUGGUUUUGAGGCACAGUGAGAUGGGACUGUAAGGUCAGACCUAUAAAUUAGAAACAAGUAGGUUUGUUAGGUUUCUGUUAAGGAAAAAUAUUUUCAAGAGUAUAUCAGACAUAUACACACAAAGUGAAGACCUUUGAUCCUUAUAUUAGGAAGUUCAUAAUCAGAAAACAAGGCAGAAUCAUCAAUGACCCCUACAAAUAAGCUACAUUUAGGUUAACAAACUUCAGGGUGAAAGAUUUUGAUCCAUAUUCUAAGCAGAAACUACUAUUUACUCACCAUGUUUCAGGUCCAGUUCCUAAACAUUUGACUUGUAUUAGCUCAUUUGUGAAGUAAUCUUAUCAGUGCCGCUGCAGAUAAAGAUAGUGUGAUAAUCUGCUUAAGGAAGGUUUCACUAUAGAUUCUAUAUUGUUGUUGGGUGCCAUUGAGUUGAUUCCAACUUAUAGCGACCCCAUGUGACAGAGUAGAACUGUUGCAGAGGGUUUCCUAGACUAAUCUUUACGAAAGGAGAUUGCUGGGCCCUUUCUCCCAAGGAGCUGCUUGCUGAUGGAUUCCAACCACUGACCAUUCAGUUAGCAGCCAAGUGCUUAAUCAGUACACCACUAGGGCAUCUUAUAGAUUCUAUAACAUAAGAAAAUUCCUCAGAAGGCAUCAUUCCUAUAGUAAGAAUCUCCCUCUUUCCAAACAACUACCGUCCUCUAACACAGAAUCAAAAUACAAUUGCUAUCUGACUACAUUUUGCACUUAGUUGAUAUAAAUACAUAUCUGAGUCAAAAAUGCCUGCUUUUUAAAAUAUCCCUGCUUUUGAAUAAAGUUCUUAGAUUUCUUUCCGUAAAGUAGCUACACUCUAUUAGCACUCUAGGGUUAUUCAGGACUGUACUCCACUGGAAUCUCCACAGAGUUGAUAGAUUUACCUAAAUACCUAUCCUAAUACCUGAGAAUGACACUGGAAGGUGGAGAGUCUGUUACAGUCAGCUUCUAACACACUUUGAAAUAUUCAGUUGUUUAUUCUUUUGAUUAAAUUAUACCUGUUCCAGCUUGUCAACCAUCUGACAGUUAAGUAGGCUAGAAGAAAGCUUUUUAGUGAGACUUCACUAAGAUAACUCAGACCUGAAUUGUACUAAUAACUUCCCCUUUUCACAAUAAACAUGUCUCCUACUAUGCUUGUCGGAAAUUAACACUUGGGUGAACUUCGGCAUUAAUCAUUAUGAUGAAUAAACAUUUUUGGAUAUUAUGCUUACAGAAUGGUAAUUGGUUUCCCUUAUUAAUCAUGUGCCAGGCACAGUUUGCCAUUUAAUUCCCCAGCAAUCCUUUGGGUAAGAAUUGUUAGAAGGAUUUUAAAUAGCUGUGAACUUAGCAGGAGUAGCAGAAGCCCAGAAAAAAAAUCUUAGAGUCUGGAGUCCUACUCUCCGGGCAGGUGAAUGACUAUGGUAGGGGCUCUGAAUUUUGUUUUUGUGUUUUUUUAAAACCUUGCUUUAAUUCACCAAGUUCAGACUUUAAGUCCGGAACCUUUUCAGUGUUAUUUGAAUAAACUGAAUCCUGACUCUGAACCCAUUUCUCAACAGUUUAGUGGCAGUCAAUCUCAGCCAUCCUUAGGGCUGCUUCUGAGGGUCACACCAUAAUCAAAGAGGCUUACAUUGUCUUGGGGUAAAAGGGAAAAGACUCCUAAAUGCCAGCUAUCAUUGUACUCCAUGGUCCUAAACUAGGGGAUCCCUUGGUGACAGACAGCUCUUUCUUGUGGGAUCCAGAAAUCCUAACUGCUAUAAGGAACCCAACUUCGCUGGACACACCACAAAGCCUUCAUCUGGGACGCUGGCUUCAACCUGGGCCCCUGCUAUAGGACUGCAAGGCUUUACUGGUGUCUCCCCUAUUCCCUUGAGAAUCUCCCCAUGCUUGCUUUCUUCCCCAACCCUACCUCCAUGCCACCAUUUCCACUUCUCUAAAUUCUACCAUUUUUAUUGGAAAUGAGGAUUAGGAAGAAUGGGAAAUCAGGUUAAGGAAAUGGGUUAAAAUUGACCCUCAGUAUAUCUUCAACAUGGGGCUAGUGAGUAAUUGUCUAACAGAGUCUUCACCAUGGGAAAAGAAGAACAUUUAUCACCCAAACUUGGUGAUAGAUUUACUCCCUCGGACAAUCCUAUAUGGUAGAGAUAAUUAUCCCCAUUUUAUAGAUGAGCUAAAUACAGCUCAGAGAACAUGAACAAACUUACCCAAAAUCUCCCAGCUAGUAAGACAUGGAGCUCAGGAUUUGGAUGCAGGUUCAUCUGACGUCACAAUCAUACAGACUCAGUGGAAUUCUCAGAGUUGAAUCAUUGCCCUAAACACCCUCUAUUUCCUUUUAUCCAAACUUUCCAUGCUAUUCAAUCAAUAUUCUAAAACCCAAUAUUCUAAAAUUCAUCAGGAAUUUUCAUGGUAAUUGAAGCUAUUCAGCCUAUGAAUUAUUUUGAGGAGGACUAAAAUGUUACAAUACAGAUGCCUGGGAAAAGUUCACUUUUGGCCUAGUGUAAUAUUGUUAUAGUCUUAAGUUCCCUGAAAUUAAAAUGCUGAAUCCUAAAAAUAUAAGUCAACCUUGGUAUGGUCUUAGUGCACACUGAACACCAGAACCUUUUCUGAAGUAGACAGGAACUUUCAUUUAUGCUAAAGACGGGAAAGAAAGAAAAGACCAAAAUGGAUGUCAAUAAGAGACUCUGAAACUUGCUCUUGAAUGUCGAUCAUCUAAAACCAAUGGAAGAAAUGAUGAAGUAAAAGAGCUGAACAGAAGAUUUCAAAGAGGGACUCAAGAAGACAAAGUAAAGUGUUAUAAUGACAUGUGCAUAGACCUGGAGUUAGAAAACCAAAAGGGAACAACACGCUUUGCAUUCCUAAAGCUGAAAGAACUGAAGAAAAAAAUUCAAGCCUUGAAUUGCAAUACUGAAGCAUUCGAUGGGCAAAAUACUGAAUGACACAGAAAGCACCAAAGAAGAUGGAAGGAACACACAGAGCCAUCGUACCAAAAAGAAUUGGUUGACAUUCAAUCAUUUCAGGAGGUAGCAUAUGAUUAAGAACCGAUGGUACUGAAGGAAGAAGUCCCAGCUGCACUGAAAACAUUGGUGAAAAACAAGGCUCCAGGAAUUGACAGAAUACCAGUUGAGAUGUUUCAGCAAACAAAUGCAGCACUGGAAGUGCUCACUAGUCUAUGCCAAGAAAUUUGGAAGACAACUACCUGACCACUCGACUGGAAGAGAUCCACAUUUAUGUCUAUUGCAAAGAAAGGUGAUCCAACUGAAUGCAUAAAUUAUCAAACAAUAUCAUUAAUAUCAUACAAAAGUAAAAUUUUACUGAAAAUCAUUCUAAGGCAGCUACAGCAGUAUAUCGACAGGGAACUGCAAGAAAUUCAAGCUGGAUUCAGAAGAGGGCAAGGAAGUAGGGAUAUCACUGCUGAUGUCAGCUGGAUCUUGGCUGAAAGCAAAAAGUACCAUGAAGAUGUUUACGUGUGUUUUAUUGACUAUGCUAAGGCAUUCAAUUAUGUGGAUAAUAAGAAAUUAUGGAUAUUUCAAAGAAUAGGAAUUCCAGAACACUUAAUCGUACUCAAGAGGAACCUGUACAUAGAUCAAGAGGCAAUCGCUUGAGCAGAACAAGGGGAUACUUGGUGGUUUAAAGUCAGGAAUGGUGUGCGUCAGGGUUGUAUCCUUUCACCAUACCUAUUCCAUCUGUAUGCUGAGCAAAUAAUCCAAAAACCUGGACUGUAUGAAGAAGAACGGGGCAUCAGGAUUGGAGGAAGACUCAUUAACAACCUGUGAUAUGCAGAUGGCACAAUCUUGCUUGCUGAAAGUGAAGAGGACUUGAAGCAUUUACCGAUGAAGAUCAAAGACUACAGCCUUCAGUAUGGAUCACACCUUUAACAUAAAGAAAACAAAAAUCCUCACAACUGGACCAACAAGCAACAUCAUGACAAAUGGAGAAAAGAUUGAAGUUGUCAAAGAUUUCAUUUUACUUGGAUGCACAAUCAAUGCCCAAGGAAUCAGCAGUCAAGAAGUCAAACGAAACCCAAUGACUAUGGCCCCCAGACACCCUUUUAACUCAGUACUGAAGUCACUCCUCAGGUUCACCCUUCAGCCAAAGAUUAGACAGGCCCGUAAGAUGAAAUGAGACUAAAUGGGUACACCAGCCCAGGGGCAAGAAUGAAAAGGUGGGGGACAGGAAAGCUGAUUAUGGGGAACCCAAGGUCGAGAAUAGGAGAGUAUUGACACAUCGUGGGGUUGGCAACCAAUGUCACAAAACAGUAUGUGUAUUAAUUGUUUAAUGAGAAACUAAUUUGCUCUCUAAACCUUCAUGUAAAGCACAAUAAAAAGGAAGAAUUCU